AUGCCGCCUCGCAGGAGGCAACAGCCCUCUGCGGCCAGCCAGGCUCGUCGGGCUUCUGAGGCGGGUAACCAGCCAGCGGACUCUUCAAAUUCUAAGCGCCCCUCCGUAUCCCAAGAAUCGACCCAGCCCACCGCCGCAAAGAACGACGACGACGAUUAUGUCAAGUACCAGCACCGAGAUCCCUUCAAUGCGCUCUUGGAGCCAUUCUAUUACAACAAAUCGCUCACUGACCCCAUCAAUACCGCGAAGGAUAAGUGGAACCUGCUUCCCGCUUUCCUCAAGGUCAAGGGUUUGGUGAAGCAACACAUCGACUCAUAUAACUACUUUGUGGAGGUGCAGAUGAAGAAGAUUGUGGAAUCAGCCGGCAUUAUUCGCAGCGACAUUGACCACCAUUUCUACGUAAACUUCACGAACAUUUGGCUUGGAUCCCCUCGCCGCGCAGACGAGACUCAGGAUGCUGGAAUUGACUUUCAAUCUGACAUCACACCCCAGGAAUGUCGGCUUCGAGAUACCACUUAUGCCGCCCCGAUUUUGAUCGACUUCGAAUAUGUUCGUGGUCGGCAACGCGUUGUCCGACGAGGUGUGGCUAUCGGUCGGAUGCCAGUCAUGCUUCGCAGUUCCAAGUGUGUGCUGGCAGACAAGACCCCGGCGCAGAUGUCUGUUCUCAACGAAUGUCCAUUGGACCCUGGUGGCUACUUCGUUGUCAAUGGAACGGAAAAGGUUAUUCUAGUCCAGGAGCAAUUGAGCAAAAACAGAAUUAUUGUAGAAACGGACCCUAAGAAAGACAUUGUCCAGGCCUCGGUCACCAGUUCUUCCAAUGAACGAAAGUCCAAGAGUUACAUCGUUUUGAAAAAGGGACGACUUUACGUGAAACACAACGUCCUAAGCGAAGACCUGCCGAUCGUUGUUCUGUUGAAAGCCAUGGGAAUCCAUACCGACAAAGAAAUGCUGCAAAUGGUGGCUGGUGAUGAUAGCCAAUAUCAGGAUGAUUUUGCCAUCAACUUUGAAGAAGCUCUCAACCUGGGUAUUUUCACCCAACAGCAGGCUUUGGAUUGGAUGGGCUCUCGAAUCAAAAUCAACCGGAAGACAGGCGCAUACCGCCGGACUCAUGUGCAAGAGGCUGUGGAAGCCAUUGCAACUGUCAUCAUUUCCCACAUUGAGGUCAAGGAUAUGAACUUCCGCCCUAAGGCCAUCUAUGUUGCUCACAUGGCCCGUCGUGUGUUGAUGGCCAAGGCCGACCCGUCUAUGGUGGAUGACCGUGACUACCUCGGAAACAAGCGAUUGGAAUUGGCAGGUCAGAUGCUGGCUCUUUUGUUCGAGGAUCUCUUCAAGAAGUUCUGCUUUGACAUCAAGUUGAACAUCGACAAGGUCUUGAACAAGCGCAACAGAGCGGAACAGUUUGACGCAUGGAGUGUCAUGAGCAUGCACGGCCACCAUAUCACUCAGGGUAUGAACCGAGCCAUCUCCACUGGUAAUUGGAGCUUGAAGCGUUUCCGUAUGGAGCGUGCUGGUGUGACCCACGUUCUCAGUCGUCUGAGUUACAUUGCUGCCCUUGGUAUGAUGACUCGUAUCAGCAGUCAGUUUGAAAAGACUCGAAAGGUCUCUGGUCCUCGUGCUCUCCAGCCGUCACAAUUCGGUAUGCUGUGUCCUGCCGAUACGCCUGAGGGAGAGGCUUGCGGUUUGGUCAAGAACUUGGCUCUCAUGACACAUAUUACCACCAACGACGAGGAGGGCCCGGUACGAAAUUUGAUUUUCAUGCUCGGUGCCGAAGACAUUUCUACCGUUAGUGGAAUUGAACUAUACAAAAAAGGAACUUACACCAUCUCGAUCAACGGUACACCGACUGCUUUGACAAGACGGCCGAAACACUUCCUCAACUCUUUCCGCAGGCUCCGUCGCAUGGGAAGAAUCUCGGAGUUUGUUAGUAUCUACAUCAACCACCACCAGCAAGCGGUACACAUUGCAACCGAUGAUGGUCGUAUCUGCCGACCACUUAUUAUUGUUGAAGACGGUAAAUCCAGAGUGCGGCGACACCAUUUGGAAAAGCUACGCGAAGGAAAAAUGGCAUUCGACGAUUUUCUUGCUCAAGGCCUUGUCGAAUAUCUUGAUGUGAACGAGGAGAAUGAUUCUUUGAUCUCUAUCUACGAGAAGGAUAUUACCGAGGCCACCACUCACCUCGAGGUUGAGCCUUUCACUGUCCUUGGUGCUGUUGCUGGUCUCAUUCCUUACCCCCACCACAACCAGUCUCCUCGUAACACUUACCAAUGUGCUAUGGGUAAACAAGCAAUUGGUGCAAUUGCUUCGAAUCAGUUCCAGCGAAUUGACUCCAUUCUUUAUCUUAUGGUAUAUCCACAAAAGCCAAUGGUCAAGUCACGAACCAUUGAGUUGGUUAAAUACGAUCAACUUCCCGCCGGUCAGAACGCGACCGUCGCUGUGAUGAGUUACUCCGGUUACGAUAUUGAGGAUGCUCUGGUUUUGAACAAGGGCUCGGUUGACCGUGGAUUUGGACGCUGCCAGGUCUUCAAGAAAUACGUGACAAACCUCAAGAGUUACCCAAACGGAAUGAAAGACCGCUUGAACCCUCCUGAGUUUGAGAACGACGCCCCCAUUCGCAAGCACGCGCUUCUGGAGGCCGAUGGUCUGGCUGCUGUAGGCGAGAAGGUCAGCGCUGGCGAGGUUUACAUCAACAAAGUUACCCCCGACCAGGCCCAUACGAGCGGAAUUAUGGGCUCUGACACCGGAACUACUUCUUACAACCCUGCUUCCAUGUCAUACAAAUUGCCUGAUCCUGCAUACAUCGACAAGGUCAUGCUCUCCGCUACCGAGGGCGAGACCCAGCUUAUCAAGGUGCUGACUCGACAGACUCGUCGUCCCGAAGUCGGUGAUAAGUUUUCGUCCCGUCACGGACAGAAGGGUGUCGUGGGUAUCAUUGCCGACCAGAUGGACAUGCCCUUCACCGAGUCAGGCAUCAAUCCUGAUAUUAUCAUGAACCCUCACGGUUUCCCGUCUCGUAUGACAGUCGGUAAGAUGUUGGAGUUGGUUGCUGGUAAGGCUGGUGUUCUUGCUGGUCGACACGGCUACGGUACCUGUUUCGGUGGUACUCCCAUCGAAGAAACUUCGCAGACCCUCAUCGACCACGGCUUCAGCUAUGGUGGCAAGGAGUUCCUCACAUCUGGUAUUACCGGUGAACCGCUCCCCUUCUACGUCUUCACGGGCCCCAUCUACUACCAGAAGCUCAAGCACAUGGUUCAAGAUAAGAUGCACUCGCGUGCACGUGGUCCCAAGGCCACCCUGACCCGGCAGCCUACGGAGGGUCGUUCACGUGACGGUGGUCUUCGUCUGGGUGAGAUGGAGCGUGAUUGUCUGAUUGCCUACGGAACUAGCCAACUUCUUCUGGAGCGUCUUAUGAUUUCGUCCGAUCGUCAUGAAGUUGAUAUUUGCGAGAAGUGUGGUUUCAUGGGAUUCUUGGGCUGGUGCCCGGGAUGCAAGUCCACUCGUUCUGUCUCAAAGAUGGUCAUCCCUUACGCUGCCAAGCUUUUGAUUCAGGAGUUGAUGAGUAUGAACGUUGCUGCCCGCUUGAAGCUUGACGAUGAGUUCCCGGAGAUGAAGGGCCGUUAA